CACAGAGGACCCAGCUGAGCAGCACAGGACCACACACAGUCUCAGUGAGUCAGUAGACAAAGAGGAUGGGAUGCCUGAUCUGCAGCUGGUCAAAGAGGAGACAAUAGAGAACAGACCAGAGAGUGGACUAAAGAUCUGGGAUGAAGGUGGUUGGCUCGAAGCUAACAGAGGAGACUGGGCAGUCAUCUUGGAUUCCCAGACCGGUGCAGCCAAGGUUCCUGUGGACGACGUCACCGAGCAGGCCAGGACCGGAGGCGACAUAGUGGAGUCUGCAGUCCAUGAGGACGUGCUGAUAUCUGGUGUUGCUGGCGGGAGAGACUGGACCUCUGAAGCGGCUGGUCUCAAACCCUGGCCCCGGAUCAGGACACUGGAUCAGGAGCCGUCACUCUUUCUUCGCGAGUCAGAACCAGGACCCAACCGCGAAAGACAGAGACCCCACCACCACACAGAACACAACCAGUGGACAGGUGGACUGAACAACAGUCCUGGUGGUCAUCAGAGAGACAGAGGCUCUAGUCAGGGAUCCAGUCUGCAGCCCAGACCCUUCUCUUCACAGUCUCAGUGCAGGGAUGAAGCAGGGCCUGGGGCUGAUAGAGAUAGACCCUCCUGUUCCUAUGAUACAAACACCACAGUAUCCAUGAUGAACAGAGCAGGUCACCUUGGGCUUCAGCCUUCACAGAGAGUGGUGGGAGACCCCCCUGGUGGGAGUCUAACAGGAAGUCUGUCUUCUCCUUCAGGGUCUCGUCUAAUGCCUGGUGACUGGGUUCAUAGAAAGCCUGGGCCUGGGUCUAGCCUUCCUCAGUUACCGCAUGGUUUCCCCACCAAUACAGACAGGGUUAGGAUGGGCGUUCACCACAAUAAGUACUUAUCCUGUAACAUAGCACAUAAUCCCAACCACACCCAAACAAUGGCUAGAGGUCAAGGAGGGAGCUCAAAUACUAACCACCUGAGGGUGGUUGCUCCUGCUUCUACCUCCUCUGGUGUCAUUGGGACACAACGUGGGAGGCCGAGCAUUAGGACGGACGCCGACAAGCCAUACACCUGCCCCACAUGUGGGAAGCGCUUCACUGAGGCGAACUAUGUGAAGAGGCACCAGACCGUUCACACCAAGGAGAGGCCCUUCAAGUGCAAACGAUGUUACAAGAGCUUCUCCUUCCUAAGUAGCCUUAUCAGACAUAGGAGUAUCCACAACGUGGAAAAAUUGUAGCAGUGUGGCUUGAGAUGUACACAGGGGAUAUCUGGGAACCAUUAUUUAGCUUAGCAAUUCUCAACUGGUGGGUCGCAGGAAGGUUUGGAAUGGGUGACGGGUGUCUAAGUAAAAAUGCUUAUAUAUACAGUUGAAGUUGGAAGUUUACAUACACCUUAGCCAAGUACAUUUAAACUCCGUUUUUCACAAUUCCUGACAUUUAAUCCUAUUAAAAAUUCCCUGUCUUAGGUCAGUUAGGA